AUGUCGUCCUUCGAGUCGGUUGUCAUCAUCGAUGGCAAGGGCCACCUCCUCGGUCGCCUGGCUUCCACCGUUGCUAAGCAGCUCCUUGCUGGCCAGAAGAUUGUUGUCGUCCGCUGCGAGGCCCUCAACAUCUCCGGCGAGUUCUUCCGCUCUAAGCUCAAGUACCACGCCUACCUCCGCAAGGCCACCCGUUUCAACCGCACCCGUGGUGGUCCCUUCCACUUCCGUGCUCCUUCCCGCAUCUUCUACAAGGCCAUCCGCGGCAUGAUUCCCCACAAGACUGCCCGUGGUGCCGCCGCUCUUGAGCGCCUCAAGGUCUUCGAGGGUGUCCCUCCCCCUUACGACAAGAAGAAGAAGAUGGUCGUCCCCCAGGCCCUCCGUGUCCUUCGCCUCCAGCCCGGCCGCAAGUACUGCACUGUCGGUCGUCUCAGCCAAGAGGUCGGCUGGAAGUACUCUGACGUCGUUGCCCGCCUCGAGGAGAGAAGAAAGGCCAAGGGUGCCGCUUACUACGAGCGCAAGAAGGUUGCCGCCCGCCAACUGUCCGACGCCAAGAAGAACGCUGCCACCAAGAGCGCAACAACGGCUGCUCUUGCCUCUUUCGGCUACUAA